AUGUCGUUGGGUAAAGAAUGGUUAAAGGAUAGCACUUUCAAAUUAAUUAACUUGUACCAGCAACAGUCGGUAUUGUGGGAUAGAAAGCACGUGAAUUACAGAAAUCGAGAAAAAAAAUUAUUGUUUGAAAUUGGGUCGAAGUACGAGUGUAUCGCAGAAGAAAUUCGGCGGGAGAUUCAUAACUUAAAGAACCAAAUGUCAGAAGAAUUGAGAAAAAUUAAGAAAAGAAGAAGCAAGAGCGAUACCAAAAAGGUAAGAACAUCGUACUGGCCCUAUUUUAAUGCAUUCAAAUUUUUAAUUCCAGUGCUCAUCCCGACCACACGUUCAAGAUUGAAGCUAUUUCUAAAAAAAAUUUUAGUCAAUAUGUCAUUUUCACAAAAAAUGGACGUCAAAACAAAAAUAUCAAAAGAACCAACGAAUCCGCCAAAAGUGUGGACGUUCAAAAAACGCAAAUGCCUGAAUGAUGUCGAUGAAGAAUUAUGUCAAGUGGCUUUGCAAAAAUUGCAAGAAGAACCAGAUAAUUAUGAUAAAUUUGGACAAUAUAUUGCAUUACAGCUACGAUCUUUGAAAUCAGACUUCAACAAGGUAAGGAUGAGAAGCGAAAUAAAAUUUAUAUUCAAGUAA